CGGCUGUCAUGUGACUCGUGUCAGCAGCACUGCGGCUCAACAUGGCGGCUGCUGCGUCCGUUUUUCACAGAAUGAGAACUGGGUCGAAAAUAGGAGCCCAGUACGACCAAGAAGGCAACGUCAUUCAGGUGGAAACUCGAGAAGAUGAAGAGCAGAGCGUCAAGUUGUCAGAGAUCCUGGAACUUCUGCUGGCAGCUGGGUACUUCAGAGCCCGGAUCAAAGGACUGUCACCUUUUGAUAAGGUGGUCGGGGGUAUGACCUGGUGCAUCACCACAUGUAACUUUGACAUCGAUGUAGAUCUCCUUUUUCAAGAAAACUCAACUAUUGGCCAGAAAAUUGCCCUGACAGAGAAAAUAGUUUCUGUUCUACCAAAGAUGAAGUGUCCUCAUCGCCUGGAACCCCAUCAAAUCCAAGGGCUGGAUUUUAUUCAUAUUUUUCCAGUGAUACAGUGGCUGGUGAAGCGAGCAAUAGCGACAAGGGCAGAGAUGGGAGAUUAUGUGAGAGCAUACUCAAUUUCUCAGUUCCAGAAGAACCACAGCCUCCCAGAGGAUGAAGAUUUUCUCCUGAGGAAAGACAAGGCUGCUCGGGCAGUUCUGGAUGUGUUGGAUGUAUACAAACCACAGAGGAAGUACAGGAGGCAGGGGGACACAGGGGAGCUGCUGGAUGAGGAAUCCAGGGUUCACUCCACUCUGUUGGAAUAUGGCAGACGAUAUGGAUUCAGCAAGCAAUCCAAACAUGACAAGGUAGAUCAAGGGAAUGCUCUGCUUGUCAAUGGCUCUCAAGCAGCACCCUCUGGGACUGUGGAGAUGUCAGAGGAUGACAACCUGCAGGCAGCAGAGGAGAUGCGAAUCAAAACCCUGAUGACUAGCAUGGCUGCCAUGGCAAAUGAAGAGGGUAAGCUGACAGCGAGUGCAGUGGGUCACAUAGUGGGACUGCAGUCUGAGGAGAUCAAACAGAUUGCCUCAGAGUAUGCCGAGAAGCAGUUGGAGCUUUCCUCAGAGGAGCGGUCUGAGCGCUACGGCCCGCUUCAGCAGCAUCGCAGGGCAGUCGCCUCACUCAACAAGCAGAUCCAGCAGAAAACUAAACAGCUGGAGGAGCUACAAGCUAAGCAUGCAGAUGUGAAGAUGGACUGUGACAAGGUCAAAAGAGGACUGAUGGAGGCUACAGAGCAAUCAGACAAGCUGGACAGAGAGCUGAAGUCUUUUGAAGAGCUGGAGGGGCAGGCUGACAGUGGCCUGCUGGAAAAGCUGAGGGCUCUGGUGACAAUGAAUGAGAACUUGAAGCAGCAGGAGCAAGAGUUCCGCACACACUGCAGGGAAGAGAUGACCCGUCUGCAGCUGAACAUUCAAGAGUUGAAGUUGGCAUCAGGACAUGAUACAGAGGAGGAGAAGGAGAGGAACCAGCUGAUAGACAAACAGUACAACACAGACAGAGAGAAACUACAGAAGAUUCGUCUGCUCAUGGCUCGGAGAAACCGUGAGAUCGCCAUCUUGCAGAGGAAGCUUGAUGAGGUGCCAAGCCGGGCCGAACUGACACAGUACCAGAAGAGAUUUAUCGAACUCUACAGCCUAGUUUCUGCUACACACAAAGAAACAAAGCAGUUCUUCACGCUGUAUAACACAUUGGAUGACAAGAAGGUCUACCUGGAGAAGGAGGUGAAUUUGCUGAAUUCCAUUCAUGACAACUUCCAACAAGCCAUGUCGUCUGCAGCAGCCAAGGAGCAGUUCCUCAGACAAAUGGAACAAAUAGUGGAGGGAAUUAAACAGAGUCGCAUUAAGAUGGAGAAGAAAAAGCAGGAAAACAAAAUGAGGAGAGAUCAGCUGAACGAUGAGUACCUGGAGCUGCUUGACAAGCAGAGGCUGUACUUCAAAACUGUCAAGGAGUUUAAAGAGGAGUGUCGGAAGAAUGAGAUGCUGCUGUCCAAGCUGAGAGCUAAGGGAGCCUCUUAGCCAAGAUGUUACUGUUGGCAUGUGUUUUUGUUUAAAGUGAAAUAUGGAAACUGAUCACAGAUGAACUAUACCAGUAUAAAGUGUUUUUGUAACAUUCCACAUUUUCUGACACAGUUAGUAACAGACCAAGACCUGGGUGUUAAGCUUCACUGCACUGCCAGUAUAUGCUGAUAUCUAGUCAAGAAGUCACGGCGUGUUUAAUGAUGUCUGGCCACUUUUUGCUGUGGGGCUGUACAAAUAAAGCUCUUUGUAGCUGAUUUAAUCAGAACUCAACUAAUAUUAAGUUGUACUGGAAGCUGCACCAGUUGUGAAAUGUGCUCCCACAUUUUUAUGUAGAUCAUAAAGUGGUGCUGCAACAGAGAAGAGAUACCAUCAAAAGAGUGGAUGUUUGAUGUUUCCAAAUGCAGCUUCAAAUGAAUGAUUUGCCAUUGACACUGUUCUUGCAUACGUGAGAAGUUUGUCUUAUAGGUAUAGCCUCUGUCGUCGUCCAAUGACAAUGUAUGAUCAGUGUUAUGUGAAUAAAAGUAUGCUUCUAUUAAAACUUGAAAUACA